AUGGUCCGCCAACUCAAGCACCAUGAGAAGAAACUCCUCCGCAAGGUCGACUUCCACACCUACAAAUCCGACGGCAACCACCGCGAGCACCAGAUCCGCCAACGCUACCUGCUGCAAGACCCAAUGGACUACCGCAAAUACAACGCACUGUGCGGCUCGCUGCGCCAGCUCGCGCACAAGCUCUCGGAACUGGACCCGGAGUCCGACGCCCUGCGCAAGAAGAUUGAGUCCGAGCUGCUCGAGAAGCUGUGGCGCAUGGGCAUCCUCAAGCAGUCGCGCGAGCAGGGUGCGGCGCUGUCGCGUGUCGAGCGUGAGGUUACGGUGUCGGCGUUUUGUCGGCGGCGGUUGGCAGUUUUGAUGGUGCGGACGGGGAUGGUGGAGACUAUUAAGGCUGCCGCCACCUUCAUCGAACAGGGCCACGUCCGCGUCGGCACCGAGGUCGUCACGGACCCGGCGUACCUGGUCACCCGUAACAUGGAGGAUUUUGUUACCUGGGUCGAUUCCAGCAAAAUCAAGCGCAAUAUUAUGCGCUACCGCGAGAAGCUGGACGACUUCGAUCUGUUGUAA